UAACCUAGAAAGGCGCGCUCUUUAUGCUGAAUUUUCCCUAUCUGUUUGGUUUCAUUGUCAAUCUAUCUACUAUUUAUGCUGGAUUCGUGCCAUCAUUGUACCCGCUUCAAUGUAUGCGCAGAUACAACGAAUAGGCCAAGGGAGGCUAGGAAUUACGCAGUAAACUCGUAAUUAUAACAGGUCUCCGGUUACAUUUAUCCAACGUUCCCCGAUUUGGGGAGACUGCGCAGUCUGUAGCCUAUACUUCCCGUGGCAAGCAGCAUAAAAAAUUGCAUGUGUAAGCACAACUGAGUUAGCAGACCUGGGUUGCAGUGCAGAAUGUCCCGUUGAGGAGAAGAUAAAGCAACAGAAGAGGAAAGAGGACUACAUCCAGCCCAGACGCGUUCUGUUUUUCUCCAUCCUGAUUACAUACACAGCGAUUCUCCACCGGGGAAAGAUGGGGUGCCACACGGCAUUUAGCCCCCGACACCUUGUCCUCAAAGUGUUGUUGGUACAGUUAAUCGCCUUUCUCCAGAAAACCUCUGCAGCUCCCUCGCCCAUUAUCAAGUUCCCGGGAGACGAUAGUCCAAAAACAGACAAAGAAGUGGCUCUGCACUAUCUGAACAAGUUCUAUGGCUGCCCACAAGACAGAUGUAAUCUCAUGGUGUUGAAGGACACCCUGAAGAAAAUGCAGAAGUUCUUCUCGCUACAAGAGACGGGCGAGAUCGACCCCAAGACAGUGGAGAUCAUGAAGAAGCCCCGCUGUGGAGUUCCUGAUGUUGCCCAAUACAACUUCUUCCAUAGGAAACCCAAGUGGCAGCAAAACGCCAUCACCUACAGGAUUCUAGGCCACUCUCCUGACCUGGACGAGGAGACUAUUGAUGACGCCUUCUUAAGGGCCUUCAAAGUGUGGAGUGACGUCACCCCACUCAAGUUCACCCGCCUCAUGGAUGGAGAGGCUGACAUCAUGAUUAACUUUGGCCGCAACGAGCAUGGAGAUGGCUACCCCUUCGAUGGUAAAGAUGGUCUGCUGGCUCAUGCCUUUGCUCCUGGGCCAGGCACCGGGGGAGACUCCCACUUUGAUGACGACGAGCAGUGGACCCUGGGAGAAGGACAAGUUGUGAAGGUGAAGUUUGGUAAUGCAGAGGGGGAGUUCUGUAAGUUCCCCUUCAUGUUUAUGGGGAAGGAGUACAACAGCUGUACCAAUCAGGGCCGUGAUGAUGGAUUCCUCUGGUGCUCCACCACAUACAACUUUGACGACGACGGCAAAUACGGUUUCUGUCCCCAUGAAUUGCUGUUCACCCUGGGUGGAAACGCGGACGGAGCUCCCUGUAAGUUCCCCUUCACGUUCCAAGGGGAGAACUAUGAUGGUUGCACCACUCAGGGGCGUGACGACGGCUACCGCUGGUGUGCUACGACUGAGAACUAUGACAAUGACAAGUCCUACGGGUUCUGCCCUGAAACAGCCAUGUCCACCGUUGGAGGAAACUCUGAGGGUUCCCCCUGUGUGUUCCCCUUCACGUUCCUUGGAGACACUUAUGACAGUUGCACCGCUUCUGGACGUAGCGACGGCAAGAUGUGGUGCGCCUCCACCAAGAGCUACGACGAUGACCGCAAGUGGGGCUUCUGUCCUGAUCAAGGCUACAGUCUGUUCCUGGUUGCGGCACAUGAGUUUGGCCAUGCCCUGGGCUUGGAGCACUCCCAGGACCCUGGUGCUCUGAUGGCCCCCAUGUACACCUUCACCAAGAACUUUAGACUGUCUAACGACGACAUCAAGGGCAUUCAGGAGCUCUAUGGUGCUGGUACAGACAAGCCCGUGCCUCCCACCCAGGGCCCAGUCACUCCUAUGGACAUCUGUAAUGAACCUGUGGUGUUUGAUGCUGUGGCCCAGAUCAGAGGAGAGACCUUCUUCUUCAAGGACAGGUUCAUAUUCAGGUCAACCAACUUCCGGGGCAAGCCUUCAGGUCCCAUGCUGGUAGCCACCUACUGGCCUGAGCUCCCUGUUACCAUCGACGCUGCCUAUGAAAACCCACUGGAGGAGAAGACUGUGUUCUUUGCAGGCAAUGAGAUGUGGAUCUUCAAUGCAGACCAGAUAGAGAAAGGCUACCCCAAGAGAAUCUCCUCUAUAGGCCUGCCCACAGACCUGAAAGGCAUUGACGCAGCCUUCUCCUUCGGAAAGAGCCAGAAGACCUACCUGUUCGCUGGAGACAAGUUCUGGAGGUACAAUGAAGCCAAGAAGAAGAUGGACCCUGGCUUCCCCAAGCUCAUCGCUGACUCCUGGAACGGAAUCCCAGACGGCAUUGACUCUGCCUUUAGUCUGAAUGGCAUUGAUUACACCUACUUCUUCAAAGGUGCCCACUACUUCAAAAUGGAUGACAGUAGCCUGAAGAUCGUCAAACUGGGCGAGAUUACAAAGGACUGGCUGGGUUGUCACUAAGCAACAGUGAGACGCAUAGACAUUGGCUAAGCUCUCAGCGGACUGAUUCCCCCCAUCCCUAUCCAACCAGCCUAUCCUGCACCCUAGCCUAGAAACUAAUGACACCUUGUAACACACCGUGGGACCAUCUACACAGGCUGAACAUAGGCAACAGGAUUUUGUAUUAUAUUACGGUGUGAUAUUAUCAGUUUGUGUUAUGAUGAUGCAGAUUUACUUUGAUCUCUUUAGCCCGUUUUUUGUUAUUAGAAACUCAGACAUCAGGUAUGUCCACACUACAUAGAGACAGGCAGUGUUGUACUGGAAGAUAUUCUCCUGUAUAAAUGUAGCUUCACCUGAGCAGUAUUGCAUUAUCUGAAGAAUGAAUGCUGUCUAUAUUUACUGCUGUCUGCAAUCUAGCGAGUACAUGAUACUGUAAUAGAAUGAGAAAUAGUCAAUAGUAACUUCAGUGUUGUGGAAUACAUUUCAAAAUAUGAAUUUGCACAAUAUGUCUGGACAGAUAAUGGUGCUUAUAGAAAAUGCUUAUUUGCAUGAUAUUAUAUAUAUAUUUGAUAUGCAGUUUUUCUACAUUCUGUUCAGACUAUUUUCAGAAGUAGUUAUAGACACACCUUAUUCUUCAUAUAGGGCUAGCACUUUGUAUUAGACUAUACAGGGGUACUGCACAAAUAUGGAGACCAAAUUCUCUAUUUUGUAGGAUCUGUCUAUUGUUUCACUGAUGGUACAGGGAGAUGAAAGGCACAGGCUGCCUAGAGACUGUAUCUGGUUUGUUGUUGCAUGAUGGAGUCAUGACAAGAGAAGUACCACAGAAGUAUUGUGUAAUACUCUUUUUGUAUUGUUGUUUUGAUACUAGUCAUUUUGUUUUGAUUCAAAUGCUUUUUUAUAAUACUUUGUGCAAUGUGUCAUUCUCUGUCUGUAAAAUAAUAAAGAUGGAUGGUCAAUA